CUUUGCGUCGGCCUACAAGUUGCCAGAGGAACUUGGACUGUCAACUGAACAGCUGAUUUGUCUGUACAAAGAAUGCAUAGAGAUGGCUAAACACUGUAAUGAUAUAAGUACCACGAUGAAUUCAUGCAUUCAGUUCGUAAAGCUUAGCAACAGUAUAGGUAGACAUGCUGAAUCACUGAGGUGUCUGAAGGAAAUGUUACCGUUAGUUGUAGGAAUGCUAAGCUCCGAGUUAAUAGUUCAUAGACAUUUGUCCAUCGCAUAUAUGAAGCUCAACGAGUUUGAAAACGUUGUCUUGCACGCCAAGAAAUGGAUCAAAAUUGCUCAAACUAUAGACGAUAAAGAAAACGAAAUGUAUGGACAUCAUGAAAUGGGAAAGGCGUUAUCAUUCUUAGCUCGUUAUGAUGAUGCUAUUGACUGUGGCAAAAAAUGUCUUAAAAUUGCCCAGGAAAUUGUUAGUCCCGAAGGCAUGAUGGAUGCAUAUGACUGCAUAAUGGUCGCAUAUAAAUACAUGCAGAAAUAUGAUGACACUAUUCUGUAUGCGCACAAGCUCCUUGAUUGCGCCAUGAAAAACAACAAUCAGAAGAUUAUGAUGGACGCGUACUUAGAGCUAGGAGUAGCACAUUGUGCCUUGAAUCACUAUCAAGAUGCCACUGACUUUGGACAGAAAUGCAUUGAAAUAGCGAGGGAAAUAGAAGACAGACGUGGUGAAGUCAAGGCUUACCUAUUAAUGGGGCAGACAUAUAACGCUCUUUCUGACUACGACAAUACAAUUAUCCAUUGCAAGAAGUGUAUUGAGCUUGCAAUAACUAUUGGCGAUAAAGAUGCUGAGGCCCAUGCUUAUGGCGUCCUUGGAGAUAUACAUUAUUCAAAGAAGGAAUAUGAUGAUGCCAUUCAGAAUUUCAAGAAAUGCAUUGAUAUCGUGAAGCGUUUUGGCCUCGAGAAGAAAGAAGCGGCUACAGCUUGUUUGUGUCUAGGACCGAUAUAUCACAAACUGGAUCAGUAUAAUGAUGCAGUGCAUUAUUUCAAGAAAUGCAUCGACAUGGCACAAGAAACUGGUGAGAAAAAGAUUGAAGCACAAGGAUGUCUCGGUCUUUCGUCUGUAUACCGGACAUUAGUUGAUAAGGAAAGCAUGGAUAAUGCCAUCCAAUACGGUAACAAAGGCCUGAAGAUCUCUCAAGAAAUUGGCGACAAAAAAAAUGAGAUGGACGGAUAUCAUUGUCUCGCUCAUGCAUAUAUGGGCUCGUUCCAGUUGAAUGAAGUGUUUCAGAGUAUAGAUGCAGGCAUGGCGAUUGCUACAGAGCUUGGAGACAAAGAAGCUGAAGAAAACUUCAAUGUAAUUUGUUAUAGUCUUUAUUGCACAGUUGGUUUGCAAAACAAGGUUGAUGCACCCUUAGUAAAGGAAUUAUUAGAGGUACCAACAUGUUCUGAAGAUGAGCUAUUACAGGAUCGUGACCAAGCGGUGAAGACAAGCGAUAAAAAGAAGAAAUCCAGAGCUUUAAUGAGGCUUUACAAUUUUUAUCGUUCUAAAAAAGAAUAUGCAAAAACAAUCAAUUGCCUUGAGCAGUUAAAAGAGAUGGACUUUAAUUGUUGUGUGAACUUGUUCUGUAUCACACAAAUCGGGAACUUGUAUCAUUUGAUGGAUCAGAAUGACAUGGCUUUACGCAGUUUCAAACAAGGGCUACCUACUGCUGAGUCUUGCCCUGAUACUGAUGGGUACCUACCCCACUUUUAUUAUUCCUUUGGUAAAUUAUUGUAUUUCUUGAACAGAGAACUGAACUUUGCAGAAYAUUAUCUARGASAAGCUAUACGAAUCUUUGAAGCGAUCUUUACCGCACUUGGUAGUCUUGAUGAAUUCAAGAUCUCCAUAUUUGACAAAUAUGUCAAUAGUUAUAAGCUGUUGGCAAUACUGUUAAUCAAAGACAAACAGAUGGAGGAAGCGCUUUUGGUGUUAGAUCGUUGUCGUGCAAGAGCAUUGAAAGAUCUUAUGAUGUCAAACUUCAAGAUGAAACAAGAGGAGAGCAAUGAUGAACACCUAGAGUACAGCGAUGUUUUGUCUCUGGUCUCAAGAAAUGACUUCAGCAUUGCCUUUUACUCUCUUUGUUUUAAUGUUUUUCUGAAGUUUUUUAUUGAAGGGGAGACAGAUUUGCAAUUUCCAAUCUGUCUUAAUGAUUCCCUACAGAUACAAGUCGAUAGGUUGUUUAACGAAAUGGGUGUUCGUGAGGUGAUCAACUGUGAGAACAGGUCCUUGGACAAAGAAGAAGAUAUUCAAAAAGAACAAAGAAGAAGCAAAGAAGAAUACGAGGGACUUAAUCAACCAACGGUAUUACUGCUGAACCUCGAUUCUAACAGAGGAGAAUCUAAUGAGAAUAGUGCUGAAACCAAGGGAUCUACUCUAGAAGAUCUAUUUGAUAUCUUAGAAUGUGAGAGAAUACUAUCAUCGAAGCAAGACGAGGUUGUUAUUAUUCCAGAUGGUCCCUUAUACCAAGUGCCUUUUCCCGCUUUGCGAGAUCCUCGCACGGGAAAGUAUUUAUCAGAGACAAAGCGCAUUAGACUUGCUCCUUCAUUAGCGACUUCAAAGCACUUUGAAGACUUCCCAACAGACCAAACCAGCGAUGCCAAGCCUUUGAUUAUUGGUAAUCCUUUGGUUGGGAAGGUAAUGAUGGAUGGAGAAGAACAGGAUAUUGACGGUUUGCUGGGUGCACAAGCAGAAGCAAUCGUAAUAGCUUAUAUUGAUAGUGCUGAAGGCAUGAUGAUGGCAUAUGACUGCAUAAUGGUCGCAUAUACAAACAUGCAGAAAUAUGAUGACACUAUUCUGUAUGCGCACAAGCUCCUUGAUUGCGCCAUGAAAAACAACAAUCAGAAGAUUAUGAUGGACGCGUACUUAGAGCUUGGAAGAGCACAUCUUGCCUUGAAUCAUUAUCAAGAUGCCACUGACUUUGGACAGAAAUGCAUUAAAAUAGCAAGGGAAAUAGAAGACAGACGUGGUGAAGUCAAGGCUUACCUAUUAAUGGGGCAGAUAUAUAACGGUCUUUCUGACUACGACAAUGCAAUUAUCUAUGGCAACAAGUGUAUUGAGCUUGCAAUAACUAUUAAAGAUAGACGUGCUGAGGCUAAUGCUUAUAGCUUCCUUGGAGAUAUACAUUAUUCAAAGAAGGAAUAUGAUGAUGCCAUUCAGAAUUUCAAGAAAUGCAUUGAUAUCGUGAAGCGUUUUGGCCUCGAGAAGAAAGAAGCGGCUACAGCUUGUUUGUGUCUAGGACCGAUAUAUCACACACUGAAACAGUACAACGAUGCAGUGCAUUAUUUCAAGAAAUGCAUCGACAUGGCACAGGAAACUGGUGAGAAAAAGAUUGAAGCACAAGGAUGUCUCGGUCUUUCGUCUGUAUACCGGACAUCAGAUGAUAAGGAAAGCAUCGAUAAUGCCAUCCAAUACGGUAAGAAAUGCCUGGAAAUCUCUCAAGAAAUUGGCGACAAAAAUACUGAGGUGGCCGAACUUCAGUUACUCGCUAUAGCAUAUAUAAAGUCGAAUCAGUUGGAUGAAGUGUCUCAGAGUAUAGAUGCAGGCAUGGCGAUUGCUACAGAGCUUGGAGACAAAAAAGCUGAAGAAAAGUUCAAAGAAAUUCGUUCUGAUCUUUAUUUCAGAGUUGGUUUGCUUGACAAGUGUGAUGCACCCUCAGUAAAGGAAUUAUUAGAGGUACCAACAUGUUCUGAAGAUGAGUUAUUACAGGAUCUUGACCAAGCAGUGAAGACAGGCGAUAAAAUAAAGAAACAUAGAGCUUCCAUCAGGCUUUACAGGUUUUAUCGUUCUAAAAAAGAAUAUGAAAAAACAAUCAAUUGCCUUGAGCAGUUAAAAGAGAUGGACUUGGGUCCUUCUUUGAAAUUGUUCUGUUUCACAGAAAUCGGGAACUUGUAUCAUUUGAUGGGUGAGAAGGACAUGGCUUUACGCAGUUUCAAAGAAGGGCUACCUACUGCUGAGUCUUGCCCUGAUACUGUUGGGUACCUAUCCGACUUUUAUUAUUCCUUUGGUAAUUUAUUGUAUUUCUUGAACAGAGAACUGAACUUAGCAGAACAUUAUCUAAGAAAAGCUAUACGAAUCUUUGAAGCGAUCUUUACCAAACUUGGUAGUCUUGAUGAAUUCAAGAUCUCCAUAUUUGACCAAGAAAUCGAUAGUUAUAAGCUGUUGGCAAUAUUGUUAAUCAAAGGCAAACAGAUCGAGGAAGCGCUUUUAGU